GGAGGCUGCGCUGCCGAGCAGUCUGCCACAGACAAGGGAAAGAAAGGUUUUGGCUGGUACGGACAGUGCUGUCUGCUACAAUACAAACAAAAGCGAGCGGUCUGUUCGAGCAUAAAGCGCAAUUGUGUCGCUUGGAUUAUACAUAUUUUCUCUAAUGGUGAUCGGAUACCUGGAUUAUUGAUCGGGUCCAUGCUAGCUAAAACGAUGAGCGGGCUAGUGAAGAGGAAGUUUGAGGAUGUCUAUGAGGAGGACCCGUGCUACCCCUCCUCCCUGUCCUCUUCGGCCUACUCCGGAUGGGACUCGGCUGGGGAGAGCUGCUACUCAGACACCCUGGACUCAACACCCAGCAACCCUGGCUCUCCCGACACGCAUUACAACGCCAAGUCCAUCCAGAAGAAGGCUAAGCGUGAACGGCUAGGCCGGGGCAACGUGACCUUUGACAUGGUGACAGUGUUUCUCUUCCCGCGGUGCCAGGGCUUCAGCAGCGUGCCCAGUAAGGGGGGCUGUUCCCUGGGCAUGAUGCAGCACCACAGCGCCCUCCGCAGGUACACCCUGGAAGAGUACGCUGUGGAGCAACGCAUCCUCCGCCGGGAGAAACUCCUCAACCGCCUCCGAGAGGAACAACUAGACGCUCUGAAACAGAAACUGACCAAGGGAGGCACGGUGGAGUCAGAGGAGGCGGACUGCCUCACCGUCGAAGACAUCCCAGAGGACGAGAUGGACAUCAGCAGUUGUAACCUAGACGACGGCUCCUUCCUCCACCCCUACCCCUCCAAGCGGAGACACGCCCUGCUGAAGGCCGCGGGGGUGAAGAAGAUCGAUAAGGAGGAGAAGAGGCAGCUCCAGCAGCUGAGAGUGUCCAGGGAGGACUGUGGCUGUGACUGUCAGGGCUUCUGUGAGCCAGAGACCUGCGCCUGCAACCUGGCGGGCAUCAAGUGUCAGAUGGACCACUCGUCAUUUCCCUGCGGCUGCACUAAGGAUGGCUGCGGUAACCAGGAAGGUCGCAUAGAGUUCAACUCCAGCCGGGUUCAGACCCACUACAUCCACACCAUCAUGAAGCUAGAGCUGGAGAAGAGACUGGAGGAGACGUCUGGACCAGAGGAAGAGGACCCGGGAGAGACCACCUCAGCCCCGGGCCACGCCCAUAACCCCCUGUCCGACCUCUCCUCCAUCCCAGAUGGCCCCUCCUUCUACUUCAGCUCAGAGCUUGCGGAGGUCGGGGAGAACAGCUGUAGCAGCGACAUGACGGACUCCUCUGCCUCCUCGGGGGCGAGUGAGGACUCGGAGGAAGGGGCGGGAUUAGGGGCGGGGUUAGGCCGGGAGGACGGCCCCCUGCUGGAUGAUGUGGAUGAGAACGGACUGAGCCGCAUCCUCAGCUUCAGCGACAUCACCAACGACAACGACUAUAACGUAAAUAACUACAUUGUUAAUGACAACCGCUGUUGCCCCGAGCAACGGCUACAGCAGCAGCCGUUGUCCAUGACGACAACAACGUGGAUGUUGGGAGGGUUUAGCACGGCAGACUUCUCAGAGGAGGAUGAGGUGUACACAGACAACAGGGCCAUGGCCAUAUCACAACUGUUAGAUGAUAACGCUAACCAAGGCAACUGUCUGUUCCACCACAGCGACCGGCCCAACCCCCCCUCUCCCUCAGUAGACCGCCCUGCUGCCAGCUACAUGGACCUCAGCCUGUCCUCAGAGUCUGACCUGGAGUUCUUUGAUGGUUUCUGUCUGGGUCCUUCCUCCCUCUACAGCUCCCUAAAGGACCAACACAUGGACAACUUUUUUCACUUCCAGUUGCCUAGUUACCCCAGCAGCCAAUCACAGGCCAGUGACCCUGGGACCUGCUUCCUGGAGUCUCUGAUUGGUCUGUCAGAAUCUGUCCCAGAACCCCCUGCAACGUUCACAGACAAUGAGCUGUUGGAGGAAGCCGUCAGGGGUUAACUAUCAGGACCUGAACUGUGUUCUGGACUAUGUAGUAAAUUAGGGGGACGGUGGUCAGUGGAAACAGACUGCUGGGAUUUCCCUCUUGCCUAUCUAUUGUUAUUGAGAUUCCGCUCUUGCCUUCCAAAUGUUAGUAAAGCAGUUGGUAGAUAUUGCUAUAUGAAAUGGCAGCUAACGUUUCAGUUGGUAGAUAUUGCUAUAUGAAAUGGCAGCUAACGUUUCAGUUGGUAGAUAUUGCUAUAUGAAAUGGCAGCUAACGUUUCAGUUGGUAGAUAUUGCUAUAUGAAAUGGCAGCUAA